UGAUUUUUAUUUAGGAUGCCAACGGAUGCGAAACUCUGGCAGAUACAACGUAAUGGUCAAGGUCGUUUUUUCUCCACCAGGUUUUUUGGAGAAUGGCCGCUAUGGACGAAGACUUCGAAACUGCUGUACUUCGGCAGUUCACAGAGACCAGUUCUAAGUCUCCUACUUUAUUACCAUGGGACCGUUUCUCAAACUGGCUUCAUUGUGCUUGUGUUGUGACAUUUGACUUGGAAUUGGGACAAGCGAUGGAGCUUGUAUAUCCAGGACAUGUGAAAUUAACAGAGAAAGAGAAAAUGAAUAUAUGUUACUUAUCUUUUCCUGAUUCCAAUUCUGGUUGUAUGGGAGAUACACAAUUUCACUUCCGCAUUCGGCAAUGUCCUGGCCGCAAACUACACAUUCCAGCUCAUUCUCAGUACAAUAGGGACUGCCCUAUAUCAUUACAGUGUGAUAAUGCCUACUACUAUGGUUAUGUAUAUUUCCGACAAACUAAAGACAAAUCAGUCCGGCGUGGCUAUUUUCAAAAGUCUGUGGUGCUAAUCUCCAAACUUCCAUUCCCAAACCUUUUUUCUCAAUUAGUUCGCAUUAUUGCUCCAGAAUAUUUUGAUAACGGUGAACCGAGUGUUGAAGCAGCUUGUCAUGAUAUAGAUCAAUGGCCUUCGCCGACACCUGGUGAAACAUUAAACUUACCAAUAUUUGGAACUAUCUUACAGCUGAGAGUACCAUGUCGGUCGGAUAAACUUGUAGGAAUCAUUAACCAGCCAAGAGUACCUCUAAUGCCUACUCUACCAGCACACACAAUCCUACCAACACUACAUGAAGCUGAUAUUUUUAGUGCUUUCCAACCCAUUUUAGCACAUGUACAAAUGUUAUGGGAGCUUGUGAUCAUAGGAGAGCCGAUAGCAGUAAUGGCAGCAUCACCCACAGUCACAUCCAAUACAGUACAAGCAUUAGUCAAUUUGAUAUCUCCUUUACGUUACUGUUUAGACUACCGACCAUAUUUCACAAUUCAUGACAGCGAAUUCAAAGAAUACACAACACGAACGCAGGCUCCACCUCCUGUCAUAUUAGGAGUAACAAAUCCUUUCUUUGCCAAAACCCUUCAACAUUGGCCUCAUAUCAUCAGAAUUGGUGAGAUGUGUGCAACAGAAAACCAAAUUCAGGAACCAAAUUUUUUAAGUUCCCCUAAACAGUUCAACAAAUUAAAGAAGUCUACAGCUUUGAAAACAUUAGAUUCAAAACCAGGUGUUUAUACAAGAUACAAAACAUUUUUAAAUAAAGACAAAGUUAUUUUAAAGCGAGUUAUAAAGGGAGCACAAACUAAAAGACCUGUUGAAGUUCAGAAUGCAAUGUUACGCCGAUAUUUCCUAGAACUCACGCAAAGUUUCAUGAUUCCUUUAGAACGACACAUGGCCAGUUUGAUGCCACUCCAAAGGAAUAUUUCUCCUCACAAGCAGGCUCCACCCAGGUUACGGCCAUUUGAUGCCAAUGAGUUUUUGAAAACGGUGGAACAGUCUGGUCCACAACUAACUUCAGGUAUCAAAGGAGAUUGGGAAGGUUUAUACAAACGUUUUUUCCAAUCUGCCAACUUUGAGGGCUGGUAUCGGCACCGGCAACAUGAAGUCAAUCAGAAACUGCAAGUUUUACAUAUGGAGGCCUUAAGUAAUGUGGAUAUCCAAGAUUGGAUACGAGAUAAAGAAGAAGUAGAAAUAGUCGAUUUAAUUCUGAGAUUAAGAGAAAAACUGACAUUUGCUGCCAACAAUCAAUCAGCCGUUGACCGGAACUGUGUUGUGAAACUUCACCAACAUGUCGACACUAUCAUCUGCUCUUUACCAGCUGAUCUACAAGUUGUGCUGAAAACAUGACGUUAUACCAGCCACCUGUCUCCUCUACCAGUUCUUUGACAAGUAUUCAUUUCAGUUAAACUUGCAAAAUCCCAAAUCUUGCAGAAAUGAGCUGUCGACUUAAAAACUACUUUAAAAAUAUUAACAUCAACACCACCAUCACUACUAUCAUCACCACCACUACUAUUACUACUACUACUACUACUACUACUACUACUACUUCUGCUAUUAUUAUAAUUAUUACUACUACAACUUCUGCAGUUCACCUGACAGCUAACAUAUGAUUAUUACUGCUGAUGUUGUUGAUGUUGGAGGAUUGCUCUCAAAAACCUGGUUUCACUACUGCUUCUAACGAACUGAGAUCACUUCUACUUCAACAACAACAUUUUAUUUCAUCUAAAAUAUCUCAUCCAGAAAAAUAAGAAAGCCACACACCAUAACCUUUUUUUUUUUUUUGUCUUUAUCUCCUAGCACCACCUGCACUGUAUCAAAUCAUUAUUUGUUUUUGUUUUUUGUAGGGUUUUUUUUUUUCUUUUCUUUUUGUCAUUACUUCUCUACAACCUGUUUUGAAGUCAGAAUUCAAAUCCAUAGUGAUUGUGAAGUCUUUCAGAAAAAAAAUGAUAAUUUUAGAAUCUGGAAGGAUAUUGAGGUAAUCCCAAUUAAUCAGUCACUUGGAUUAUCAGCUAUGGGCACCCUCUGUCAAGAUGCAGGCCACAUGAGACAUGGUGGACCACACUACUUAAAAUUUUUAAUACAUGUUAUUUUCCUUGUAAAAUUAGGUGUGCCCCUCAGAAAGCUGUGUGAUCCACAGUCUGCCCAUGGCUGAGCUUAUACCAUUCUGGGGGUGGUUGUUGUCGUUUAGCACCUAAGUCAGCCGUGAUCAAGUAGACCUAUAACCAAAGGCAUUCCAGUGGCCAUGACCAUCCUGACUUUUUGCCUAAAAUUUUUUUUUUUAUGGCAGGAUUUGAUUUGAGGUGGGUGUUGGUUGCUGUUUCUUGCAGGUCAAGUGACCGCUGAUAUUAAAAAGAAGACUGCUAUAACUUCUACAUUCUUAUAUAUACACACACAAAGAUGUUUGUAUGUAUAUAUAUAUACAUAUAUUGUAUGAAAGAUAUUGGGU